AUGCAACAUCAGUCGAAUUCAGUGAAACAACCUUCAAGACGUUUAUUUCAAUCGUUAGAAAAUAAUAAAUUAUGGACUAAUUCACAUGAUCGGAAUAACAACAACACCAUUCAAACAAAACCAUUGAUCAAUGCUCAAUGUCAACAAACAUUCAAGGCGAUCUGUCAAAAAAAUCUUCAACAAUUCUGUGAAACGUAUGAAUUUGAUUUAAAUCAAAUGAAACCUCUGGUUGAAUCGACGAUCCAUGGCGAGGCCAAUGAAAAUGAUCGAGAAAAUCACAAUCACACAAGGCAUAAACAUAGAUGGCAUUGGGAACAGUUGGAUACCACCACCACCACAGUCAACUACAUACCGACAUUUUAUUUGAACAAUAAAUAUCAUUCUGACAGUUAUUUGCUUCUUCAAUCUCAUCAACUAGGAUAUUCGGUACCACCGAAUACACCACACAAAUCCAUCACAAAGUCAUUCACCAAUGAUCAUAAACACAAUUCACUUGUUUCAUUCACAUUGCACAAGUCACAUUCACCUGAGUGUAGAUCGUCUUCAAGGACAGUUAAUCAAUGCACACAAGGUGAACCCGUUGCACAUUCGUCGUUCCAUGUGUGUCGUGUUCGAAGCAGAAAUUCAUCGAACGCUAGACUCUCAUCUGGUAGGCGUUCCAUGCACUCUUCACAUACUGGACAUAUACGAAGUAAAAGUGAAGGGAAGCAUACUGACCGCAUACAACAUUCACAACUGGAUGGACACUUGAAAUGUGGUGGUGGUGGUCGUGGUGAUUCAACUUGUCGUUUGUCUGAAAUCCCACAUAAAUUGCCAAGUUAUUCUUCGCUCUCUAAUUCUUCUGACAGUAUUCCAUGUUCAAAGGAUGUGAAUUGGGCUGAGAAAUCGGAGCCAGUUUCAUAUUGUGCCAAUCAAAUAUCUCCCUGUCCACCAUCGACAUCGAACACAAACUUUAGUUUGAAACAGAUGAAAUUGACUGACAUGUUCCCCGUGAAUAAACCUGUCAAAUCAUGUACUACAGUGUGUACAAACUCAUAAAAUGCACAACUUAUUGCUGCUGAUUCAUUGAGAAAAUCACUCAACGCAGAAUUGUGAUAUUUCAACUAUUAUUAUCCUCGCAUUCUUUUCAAUGCGUUUUAUGCAUACAGAA